AUGAAAACAGUGUUGCUUAUUACCUUGAUUGCUAUUGCAUUCACAGCCAGAGUGUAAGAAAAGAAUUUAGCGAAGAUUACAACUGAUUUAAAAAAGAGUACAUACGGAAAUGCACUUCUUCAUUUGGUUGAACUUCACUCAAUGGUAGGAGGACCAGUAUAAGAAUUGGUUGAUGCUAUCGAAGAGCUUAUAAAUGACCUUGAAGAGGAAUUAGAAGAAUUAGAAUUCAAUUUCUAAUAAAGAACAAAUGAACAUAAUUCAUUAGUCAUUGGAUAUGAAUAGGAUAUUUAAGAUGCCGUGAUUGGUAAGAUAAUAUUUUUAAAAUUUAGAUGUUAACAAUACUUAAGAUACUUUGGAUAACUUACUUUUCCCAAGAAGAGAAUAACUCUAAGUUAGAAUCGAAUAAAUCUAAGAAUAUUAAGAGGCCAAUAGAUAAAAUUAUGAUGAAGCAGUUCUUACAAGGGAAUAAGAACAUGAAGAUUUUGAAUUUUAAGUUGCAGAAUUAAACGAUGCCACAGCUGCAGUUGAUGAUGCUCUAGCAUUACUUUCAUCACUUACAAAUCCAUCACUCCUCUAAAUCAAGAGAUUCUAAAAUUCAUUGAAAAAUAUUGAAUCUAAAAUUAAAUCAAGAUCUAAGAUGGCUCCAAUGAUCAAAGCUCUUAUCACUUUAGCUUCUAAUUAAAACUUUUCAGAUUAAGGAAUUAUCGGAUAAAUUGUAGAUGCUCUUAAUGAAUUUAGAAAUGCUAUUGUUGAUUCAAUAAAUGCAUAAACAGCUGCAGAAGCUGAUGCUUAAGCUGAUCAUGAAGAAUAUCUUGAGUAAUUAGAUGCUGAAUUUGCAGAAUUCUAAAGACAAAUUAAUAGAAUCAACGUUGACUUGACAGCUACAAAUGGUAAUCAAUUAUAUUAAUAAUUUUAGAAAAAAUUGAUUAAAUGAGCGAAUUCAGAGAUUAAAGAGAAGCUGAUAGAAAAUAAUAUAUUGCUGAACUUGAAUUAGAAAAUAAUACAUAUGCCGAAGAGACUGAUAUCUACACAAACUUAAAAAAUGAAUUCACUAGAGAACUUGGAAUCAGUGAAUAAGCUUUAUCAGUUGUUAAAAGUGCAGAUUUUACCAACAUUUAAGUUUGAAAGAAAUAAGUUUAAGUUUCUUAUUAUUAAGCACAAAUAUAUU